AGGAAGGGGCGCCCUUCCCAAAGAGGGGCAGUGGGGAGCAGAGGGGUCCGCCCGAGGGCCGCCGAAUGGAGCAGCUCCGCGGGCGCGGUGGAGAGCAGGGUGGUCCUCUGCUCCGGGAGAGGGGGAAACCUAUGGUUAUGAGGGGUGGUGAGAAGAUAAUGACGGGCCUAGCGAACCCCUGGUUUUCAGAAAUGACAGAGGAAUUGGCCAGGUGUCCUUUAAUUGAGAGGUAAGAGGAAUGAGGGCAGAAUCUUACCCCAGGGUCUUGACCUAGGAAUCAGAGGAAGGAAGGAGGGCUUGGCUGUCCUAGGAGCAGGGAACUCUCAAAGCGAGACUUGUCACAGUGUCAAAGAGAACCAGGAAGUGGCGGUUUCCUCCAUGUCUGGAGACUUCCCAUUGCCUUAGCUAGUAUUAGGGAACGUUUUCAUGAGGGCUUGGGCCUGCUUUUAAUUUUUCAGUCUUAAUAACUUGUUUUUCAUCUGUGCUUGAUCAGGUCCAUUGAUUAGCCGCGUCCCCCUGAGUGUCUUUGGGUUAGUUUGGGCCCUGUUUUUUGGUUCCUUAAACUCUUGAGAGAUGACUUUAAAAAUCAUAUCCAUUGAUUCCUCCAAACACCUACAUAGAAGUUUCCAAUCUGAUUUAUAUAGAACUUCAUUUCCUCUGGAUAAUUCCUGCAAAGUGGUUCUCUGUAAUCCUUGGGUUCAUUAUAUCUGAGGUUACUCUGGCUCAGCUAUUAAGUUCAUAACAAAGGGGUGGAUUUAAUGAGUUUUUUCUUAAAUAAUAAAGUUGCAUCUUGGAGAUUUUUUUUGUUUUGUUUUGAGUUUUUUGGUUUUUUUUCCGUCCAACAGUGAUGGUUUACACCUUUAACCCCAGCAUGAGGAGGCAGAGCAGGCGGUUAUGUUCAUUUUUUUUCUUUUCUUUCUUUUUUUUUUUCUUUCUAGACAGGGUUUCUCUGUGUAUCUUUGGGCUACCUAGCGAGUUCCAGACAAACCAGGGCUACAAGGUGAGAUGGCAAGGAAGAAAAAGCACAAAAACCUGGUGUGACCUCACCUAUGAUUCAAGCACCUGAGCAGCUCAGACAGGAUUGCCAAAAGCUCAAGGCCAGCCUGGGCUCCAUAGGCCCACUCUUUGGGAUGGAACUAGUCUAUGUUGUAAAUUGAUCCACAGAAAAACAAGCCAGAUGUGGUGCAUGCUCGUAAUGCCAGCACUUGGGAGGCAGAGCAGUCCCGGCUAGCUGACUUCAUGUGAAAGAUGGCUAAUGCGGAAGUGAGUGUCCCAGUGGGAGAUGUGGUUGUGGUACCCACUGAAGGAAAUGAAGGGGAGAACCCUGAAGACACUAAAACCCAAGUGAUCUUGCAGUUACAGCCUGUGCAGCAAGGGAUUUAUGAUGCUGGCUCGGAGAACAACGCAGCAGUGGUAGCUGUAGAAACCCACACGAUACACAAAAUUGAAGAAGGAAUUGAUGCAGGUAGUAUAGAAGCGAACGAGGACAUGGAGAUUGCGUACCCUAUAACCUGUGGAGAGAGCAAAGCCAUCCUCCUCUGGAAGAAGUUUGUGUGUCCAGGAAUAAAUGUCAAGUGCGUCAAGUUCAAUGAUCAAUUGAUCAGCCCCAAGCACUUUGUUCAUCUGGCUGGAAAGUCCACUCUGAAGGACUGGAAGAGAGCCAUCCGUCUAGGCGGCAUCAUGCUCAGGAAAAUGAUGGACUCUGGACAGAUCGAUUUUUACCAGCAUGACAAAGUUUGCUCCAAUACCUGCAGGAGCACCAAGUUCGACCUCCUCAUCAGCAGCGCGAGAGCCCCCGUGCCAGGCCAGCAGACAAGUGUGGUGCAGACCCCCACCUCGGCCGAUGGUAACAUCACACAGAUUGCCAUCUCAGAGGAGAGCAUGGAAGAGGCUGGGCUGGAGUGGAAUUCGGCUCUCACUGCCGCUGUCACCAUGGCCACAGAGGAGGGCAUCAAAAAAGAAUCGGAAGAAAUUUCAGAGGACACUUUGAUGUUCUGGAAAGGAAUCGCUGAUGUGGGGUUGAUGGAGGAGGUCGUCUGUAAUAUCCAGAAGGAGAUAGAAGAGCUGCUCAGGGGCGUGCAGCAGCGGCUCCUCCAGGCUCCCUUCCAGGUCACAGGGAUUUAA